UAUAAAUUUUUCUCUCCAAAACCUCAGCCAAAGAAAAAUGGAGAAAUCAUAAGAAUUACUACUAUUAAACAGAAAAGCAAAAGUAUAAAACAGAUAUAUAGUGUAACCAAAAAUAAGGAUUAGAAACAAAUGAUUAUUCUUAUACUACGAACUUCACAAAAAAAGUGAGGAAAAGAGUGGAAGUGAACUAGGGUUUUUGGUUUAAUUCAGUAAAAAUGUACGAAGAAAGUGAAUAUGUAGAUGAAAAUGUUGACGAUAGAGUACUAAUGGCAGUUGAUGAAGAAGAAGAACAAGCUGAAGGCGAUGAGGCGCAGGAAAUAACUCAGGACGAUGCAUGGGCAGUUAUUAGUGCAUAUUUUGAAGAGAAAGGUCUCGUAAGGCAACAAUUGGACUCGUUCGACGAGUUUAUACAGAAUACAAUGCAAGAAAUUGUUGAUGAAACUGCUAAUAUUGAGAUCCGUCCUGAAUCUCAGCAUAAUCCUAGUCGUCAACCUGAUUUCGUUGAGACAAUCUAUAAGAUCAAGUUUACUCAGAUAUACUUGAGUAGACCUAUGAUGACAGAAUCUGAUGGAGAGACUAAUACUUUGUUUCCAAAGGCUGCAAGGUUAAGGAACUUAACAUACUCCUCCCCUCUAUAUGUUGAUGUGAAGAAGGAAGUAAUAAAGAAAGGUCAUGACUAUGAAGAAGUCACUGAGAAUCAGGAAUUUACCAAAGUUUUCAUUGGAAAGGUUCCAAUAAUGCUUCGAUCGAGCUACUGCAGCUUGUAUAACCUAUCAGAGAAAGACUUAACUGAGUUGGGAGAGUGUCCUUAUGAUCAAGGUGGAUAUUUCAUAGUCAAUGGGAGUGAAAAAGUUCUGAUUGCACAGGAAAAAAUGAGCAGUAAUCACGUUUAUGUAUUCAAGAAAAGACAGCCAAACAAGUAUGCAUAUGUAGCAGAAGUUCGGUCUAUAGCUGAGGGCCAAAACAAGGCGCCUAGCAGCAUGUUUGUUAGGAUGCUUUCUAGGUCCAAUGCUAAGGGGGCCUCUGGGCAAUAUAUACGUGCCACUCUUCCAUACAUACGGGCUGAAAUUCCAAUUAUAGUUGUCUUCAGGGCAUUAGGAUUUGUCGCAGACAAGGAUAUAUUGGCACAUAUCUGUUAUGAUUUUGCUGACACACAAAUGAUGGAAUUACUCCACCCUUCCUUGGAAGAGGCUUUUGUGAUUCAAAACCAGCAGGUUGCACUUGACUAUAUUGGCAAAAGAGGAUCUACUGUUGGUUUCACAAGAGAAAGGAGAAUUAAGUAUGCAAAAGAGAUCCUCCAAAGGGAGAUGCUUCCACAUGUUGGUACUAGGGAGUAUUGUGAAACUAAGAAGGCCUACUAUUUCGGCUACAUCAUCCAUCGGCUUUUACUCUGUGUACUAGGACGGAGGCCUGAAGAUGAUAGGGAUCAUUAUGGAAAUAAAAGACUGGAUCUUGCUGGCCCUUUACUUGGUGGCUUAUUCCGAAUGCUAUUCAGAAAGCUAACCAGGGAUGUGAGAUCCUAUGUUCAAAAGUGUGUUGACAGUGGAAAGGAUGUGAAUUUGCAAUUUGCGAUUAAAGCAAAAACAAUUACAAGUGGACUUAAGUAUUCUCUUGCUACUGGGAACUGGGGACAAGCAAAUGCAGCUGGUACAAGGGCAGGAGUUUCACAGGUUUUGAAUCGUUUGACAUUUGCAUCUACUCUUUCUCACUUGCGUAGAUUGAACUCACCAAUAGGGCGCGAGGGUAAACUGGCAAAACCUAGGCAACUCCACAAUUCUCACUGGGGAAUGAUGUGUCCAGCAGAAACGCCUGAAGGACAAGCAUGUGGGCUGGUAAAGAACCUUGCACUAAUGGUGUACAUAACAGUAGGAUCAGCAGCAAAUCCAAUUUUGGAGUUUCUAGAGGAGUGGAGUACUGAAAAUUUUGAGGAAAUAUCUCCCGCGGUUAUUCCCCAAUCUACCAAGAUUUUUGUAAAUGGUUGUUGGGUUGGCAUUCAUCGUAAUCCAGAUCUAUUGGUUAGGACACUGAGACAGCUGAGGAGACAGGUUGACGUUAAUACUGAAGUUGGAGUUGUCCGCAAUAUAAAUUUAAAGGAACUGCGGCUAUAUACAGAUUAUGGACGCUGUAGUAGGCCGUUAUUCAUUGUGGAGAAAAAGAAGUUAAUAAUAAAGAAGAAGGAUAUUAUCGCAUUGCAGAUGAGGGAGUCAUCUGAAGAUUCUGGCUGGCAUGAUCUUGUGGCAAAAGGAUUUAUUGAGUAUGUUGAUACAGAGGAAGAAGAGACUACAAUGAUUGCAAUGACCAUAAAUGAUCUUACAAAUUCAAGGCUGAACCCAGAAGAGGCUUAUUCUGAAACCUACACGCACUGUGAAAUCCAUCCAUCUUUGAUAUUGGGAGUAUGCGCUUCUAUCAUACCAUUUCCUGACCAUAACCAGUCCCCUCGUAACACAUACCAAUCAGCUAUGGGAAAACAAGCAAUGGGGAUUUAUGUCACCAAUUACCAAUUUCGGAUGGAUACAUUGGCCUAUGUACUGUAUUAUCCGCAGAAGCCUCUUGUUACUACACGUGCUAUGGAGCAUUUGCAUUUCAGGCAGCUUCCUGCUGGCAUUAAUGCCAUUGUUGCCAUUUCCUGCUAUUCUGGCUAUAACCAAGAAGACUCUGUCAUCAUGAAUCAAUCUUCAAUUGACCGUGGCUUCUUCCGCUCUCUAUUUUUUCGUUCAUAUAGAGAUGAAGAGAAAAAGAUGGGAACGCUUGUUAAAGAGGAUUUCGGGCGUCCUGAUAGAGAAAAUACCAUGGGAAUGCGACAUGGAUCCUAUGAUAAAUUAGAUGAUGAUGGAUUUGCGCCUCCUGGAACAAGAGUUUCUGGUGAUGAUGUUAUAAUUGGAAAGACCACACCAAUUUCUCAAGAUGAUGCUCAGGGACAACCAGCAAGAUACACACGAAAAGACCACAGUACAAGUCUACGGCAUAGUGAAACUGGAAUUGUGGAUCAGGUUCUUUUGACAACAAAUGCAGAUGGACUGAGAUUUGUCAAAAUAAGAAUGAGGUCUGUCAGAAUUCCACAAAUUGGAGAUAAAUUCAGCAGCAGGCAUGGACAAAAAGGAACAAUAGGAAUGACUUAUACACAAGAAGACAUGCCAUGGAACAUUGAAGGCAUCACCCCAGAUAUCAUCGUGAAUCCACAUGCCAUUCCUUCUCGUAUGACAAUUGGUCAGCUAGUCGAGUGUAUUAUGGGGAAGGUUGCUGCUCACAUGGGAAAGGAAGGAGAUGCUACCCCUUUUACUGAUGUUACUGUGGAUAAUAUCAGCAAAGCUCUGCACAGGUGUGGUUAUCAGAUGCGUGGUUUUGAGAGAAUGUAUAAUGGUCAUACAGGCCGUGUAUUGACCGCAAUGAUAUUCUUGGGGCCAAUUUAUUACCAGAGGCUGAAGCACAUGGUGGAUGAUAAGAUCCAUUCUCGUGGUCGUGGUCCUGUGCAGAUUCUCACUAGACAGCCUGCUGAAGGAAGAUCUCGGGAUGGAGGCCUACGAUUUGGGGAGAUGGAGCGUGACUGUAUGAUCGCUCAUGGGGCUGCACAUUUCCUCAAAGAGAGGCUGUUUGAUCAAAGCGAUGCUUACAGAGUUCAUGUAUGCCAGCAAUGUGGUUUAAUUGCAAUUGCUAAUCUAAAAAAGAUGUCAUUUGAGUGCAGAUCUUGCAGGAAUAAAACUGAUAAUGUUCAGGUGUAUAUCCCUUAUGCCUGCAAGCUUCUGAUUCAAGAGCUCAUGUCAAUGGCAAUCGCACCAAGAAUGCUUACAAAGGAACCGAAACCAUCCAGCGGAAAGAAAGCAUCCUGACGGCAACUCCCCUUUUUCUGCACACUUGGUCAUAAGUCUAUCUACUGGACUUCCUAACGAGUUUUCUGGAUAUCAGAAAUUGCAAGAUUACAGUGCAAAUAUGAAUGAACUCUUUCCUUACUGUUUUCCAAUAGCUUGUGCUUCUAUGUCAAAGCGGAAGUCAACUGGUUGAACCUUUGACUUUAACGAAGUGACCUUACAGAAUGAGCUUGCAAGUAGUACAAGUAUGUUCAGGUUAGCAGGGAGAUUUUCUGAGGACUUGCACAAAUCAGUUUUGAUUGUUAACAUUCCAAGUUCCACAUAAACAAAAUAAUAAUAAACGUUCCUUCCCAUCCUGAUGCAUUCUAUGCCUAAUCUCCCAAU